AUGCUUAUCUCCUUUGCUCAAGAUGUCACAAUCAUGGAACCAGUUAAAGUGUUCUUUACAGCUGUAGUUUUGGCGGCCAUUAUCAAGAUGAAGGCGAAGAGAUCAACGGUACCUGCAUGUGAAGACUCUAAUCAAGUUGAAAGUGGUCGCUCAAAACAAAGGCUGUGGACGUUGAAAUUAUCGGAAGUAGAAAAGAUGAGGAAACGCCAGGCCAAGAAACAGAACCUGUCACGUUACUUCACAGAGUUGGGUAUCUACUUGGUUUUCGUUUUCUUGUUAAUGGUAGUGUGCUAUGGAAACAGAAAUGACCAUCGUUACCUAAUGACCAGAUCAAUUCGAGAUGGACUGCCCAAUUUUAACAAUAUGGCAGAUGACAGGAAGUACUGGAGCUGGCUGCGGGAAGUUUUCAUUCCUGGAGUGUUUUCCGGUAGAUGGUACAACGGUCAGGAAGAGAAAAAAACAAUGUACAUUGGUAAUAAACGCUCUCUUCUCGUCGGGAUGGCUCGAUUAAGGCAACUGAGAGUGAAAUCGACACCAUGCAACGUGUUAAAAUACAUGAAGACAACUUUCCAGGAAUGUUACGAAGGAUAUUCGGAAACAAACGAAGACAAGACCGCUUUCUAUGAACCGGGCUGGAGGUUUGUCGACAACUCUACAAGAGACGAAGAUUUAUUUCGACUUUGCCCGAAGCCAUGGCGAUAUCAAAAUGCGGAAGAAAGUGAUAGCGGGUCAGAGUGGGGACAGUUCUCAUUUUAUCGUGGAGGAGGAUUUGUAGCAGACCUCGGGUACAAGAACCAUACGGGGUUCAAAGCCGUAACCACUUUGCAAAACAACGGUUGGCUUGACAGGCAAACCCGGGCGGUUCUCGCACAGUUUUCCGUGUUUAACCCGUCGGUGAAUAUUUUAGGUGUUGCCACAUACUUUUACGAAGUUGAGGCAUCAGGACUCAAAGAAGCUUUGGUACAAACUGACAUUCUUUCUCUUGAUCCUACAAACACAGCUUCAUAUCAGUUCUAUUUGAUUUGCAUUUUACUAUACGCUGUAUCCGUUCUGCUGUUUUUGGGAAGAGAAUGCUUCAAGCUUUACAAUCACCGUUCCCGGUAUUUCCAGUCCGUGUGGAAUUGGGUGGAGAUGUCCCAGGUUGUUUUCUCCGUGUUGGCCGUGGUUUUGUACAUAAAACGACAAAUCAUAGUCUCUUCAACAUGGGCAAGGUUAAAAGAAAACAGUUAUGCAAAUAUAAGUUUCAAAAAGGCUAUCAUUUGGCAUGAAGCAGAAAAUGUUGUACUUGGAAUCCUGAUGUUUAUCGUCACUGCAAAACUCUUGCGAGUCAUUCGCUUCAAUAAACAUGUUGCUGUAUUCUCCAAAGCAUUGACGAUAUCUGCACAAUCUCUUUCAUCCUUUAGCAUUGUCCUAUUGAUUCUUUUCGCGGCAUUUCUUCACGCCGGUGUAUUGAUGUUUGGCACUGGAUCUGAGCGCUACUCCUCUGUGCUAAAAGCAGCUUAUUUCCAACUCGAACUGACUCUUGGAAGAGUGAAAGCCAGACCAAUCAGUGAAUUAGCAGAGGUAAACAGCACAUACGCUAAGAUAUUCGUCUUUGCUAUUCUUUUCACCCUAACAAUUAUCUGCAUGAACUUUUUUAUCGGCGUAAUAAACGAUGCACUUCUGGAUGCAAAGGUUACCGCGAACGAAAGUGAGUUGCACGAGCUCGUUGAUGAGGUUCGUUGCAAAGGCUCAAAAGAACGGAACACAUUUUUCGAUUCUGUUAGCAGUAGACUGAGACAACUGAAAGUCUCCCAAGCAUCAAACACGGGAGAGAAAAAAGCAGUAGAUAGAAGCAUUACCCUUGAUUCCAAGAAGAGUUCAAAAAUCAACUUUGACCAAAUCAGUGAGGCCAUCAAAGCUUUGAGGGGAAAAACGGGCCAAGAACCAGGAGAAAAACAGCCGAAAUACUCAAGAGGAAAAUCAUUUUUCGAUGGAAUUAGCAAAUUCUUGAAAACACUGGGAAGAAUGAGCCAUGACGAACACUGCAAAGGUAAAAAAAGGAAGAAAGUUCGAUUUCAAGAGGAUGUCGCUAACUCUCAUCUUCGGAAAUUAGAGAAAAGAGGGUAUGAAUUGUUUCAGCGGCUUGAUAGGGUUAUGGCGGGAUUCUCAAAAGAGGACGAAGAAUAUCAUUAUCUAAUGGAAACAAUGCGAGCCUGUGACUUCUAAACAGAGAGGAAAUAGAUAAAUGGUGAAAGGAAUAGAUCAUAUACUCGAGAAUUAGACUGAAAGAUCGGGACUGUAGUGUACAUUACCCCGUGAUCACUGGCAAAUGGCUGAAAUGCUUCGCACGUAUACGUAUUAAAUGUGUUCUUUUCUUUAUAAUUGAAUUUCACGCUUAAAAUAAAGAAAAACUUGAUAAAGGAUGGUAAC